GCAGGCCCGGGCCCGGGUGGUGACAGGGGCGGAACUGGCGGCGAUGGCCCCGGGGACCCUCGAGGGGCUUCUCCGCGCCCACCCCGAGAUGGUUUUUGCGAGAACAUCCCCACAACAGAAACUCGUCAUCGUGGAGAGCUGCCAGCGCCUGGGCGCCAUCGUGGCAGUGACAGGGGACGGGGUGAACGACUCCCCGGCGCUGAAGAAGGCCGACAUCGGGGUGGCCAUGGGCAUCGCCGGCUCCGACGCCGCCAAGAACGCGGCCGACAUGAUCCUGCUGGACGACAACUUCGCCUCCAUCGUCACCGGCGUCGAGCAGGGGCGGCUGAUCUUCGACAACCUGAAGAAGUCGAUCGCCUACACCCUGACCAAGAACAUCCCCGAGCUGACCCCGUACCUGAUCUACAUCACGGCCAGCGUGCCCCUGCCCCUGGGCUGCAUCACCAUCCUCUUCAUCGAGCUCUGCACCGACAUCUUCCCCUCGGUGUCCCUGGCCUACGAACGCGCCGAGAGUGACAUCAUGCACCUGAAACCACGGAACCCGCGGCGGGACCGGCUGGUCAACGAGCCCCUGGCGGCCUAUUCGUACUUCCAGAUCG